GUGGACAGUAGGAAUUUUAAUAGAUAACGUGUGACCUUUUAUAUGGAAAGAUAAAGCCCAACUAGCCGGCCGGCCCUCUAAAGACGGUUCUAUUUAUAUGAUAGUGUAGACUGUAGCGCUACAAGAAUUGAGAGAUGUCACUAAAGGCGGCCAUUGUGAUGCUGGUAGUUCUGGUGGUGACCGUGUCUUUGUCAAGUGGAGCGGGGCUGGUUCUAAACCUGGACGAGCCCACUCAAGCAAUACCGGGCAGUGUGCGACUGAACGUGAACGGAUCUCGUGCUAUAAACUUGGUGGGGGGAAGCUCGUAUGUCAUCAGUUGUCAAUCCCCCUCUGGCGGCUUCCAACAAUCACAGGUUUGGUUUAGGAAUGGUUCUGCUGUGGACGUCAGAGCGGUGGGCAGUGGGACAAUGGAAGCUGGCGUGUAUGCUAUAUCCGAGAACAGCAACCGGUGGGAUCUGGUCUUGAAUGUGUUUGGCUCUAGCUCUACUGGACAGUAUACUUGUCGAAGGAUGGAUGACCAAGUGUCCCUAGUCAUUGGAAUAAGCAACCCAGUGGCCAUUGCUACUGUUCCCACCCUCUCCCUCACUCUUGGCAGUCAAACCCUUUUCCAUGCCUUGAUAACCUUUGUGUCAGGUUCCCCACAUCCUACUAUGGAACAGAUCACAUGGACAGUGAACGGAGCUCCCUCAACCGUCACUGGGCACGUCUUCCAACUGCCCCUCAAUAUUAACAGGGACCACGCCGGACUGUAUGUGUGUAGCGUCAGCACUGCUCAAGGAACUGCUACUGCUGAGUUUACAGUCACUGUCAAUGUGCAACCCCAGGUGACCCUGUCCCCCGCGACUGUACCCCCGGUAGAGGAAGACGGCUCCUUUACACUGACCUGUGCUGACACUGAGGGCACGCCCCCUCCAACAUUUGAAUGGAGUAGAGAUAAUCAAGUCAUCCCAGGAGAUGGUUCUCGAGUGCUCGUGACUACCUCUGUUGAAGAUGUUAGCUCCACCCUCACCAUCAUGUCAGUAAAGCCUGGUGAUGCUGGGAGCUACAGUUGCACUGGGACCAACGGAGCAGGAGCAUCGACACAGAGCACUGACGUCACUGUGUUGUAUGCACCUGUUCUUACUGCUAUCUCUACUCGCACUACCUGGGUUGUUGGGCAGAUGCUUCUCCUGGAGGCUUCGUUAGUAGGAGCUGUCCCCCAGAUCAUUGACAGCGUGGCCUGGACUAAAGAUGGUGCUAAUAGCAGGGGAACCCCCUCCAACGAAGGGUCGAACUACACUCUAACGGUGCCGGGGCUGACUUUGGGUGAUGAGGGCACGUACGAGCUGACACUAACCAAUGAGAUUGGAGCAGGAACUCCGCUAUCAUUCAGUAUCACUGUAAACUCCCCACCCACCCUCUCGGUAAAUACUGAUACCCUGUAUGUCCUCAACAAUGCUGUCAACACUACACUGAUUGUCACGGUAACCAACGCUAAACCACAAGUGAUGAGCUCUCAGAUAUCGUGGUUCUAUACGAGUGAUGGUGGUGGUUCGACUGGUGUUAUUGACACGGGCCUGCCUCGCUACUCUAGUGUACUGAAUGGUGAUAGCCUGCAGCUGGUGAUAGAAGGUCCCACACCAGCCGAUAAUGGAGUGUACACUGUGAGGGUGUAUCACAGUGCUGGUAACGUGAGCCAGGACAUCACUCUCCGUGUUCUGAACCCUCCUGCCCCACUCACAAAUAUUACGGCCACACCCAUUAACAACUCUCCGUGUAUGGUUCGUGUACAAUGGAUCACUGACACGCCUCUCAACAGUGCUACCAGUGACUAUACUAUCAUUGAGAUAUCGGUGGAUGGGGGCGAGUGGGUGGAGUUUGUGAGGAGUGAGACUGGUGUGGAGGUUGUGAGGGUGGUACCUCCUGGAGCAGGGCCGAACACUACCUACCAGUUGAGGGGGCGUGGUGAGAGCAAUCUCCCGGGAAUAGGGCAGGGAGCACUGUUCACAUCACUCGUCCAGUACACAGCCUAUCAGUCAGAUAGCGUCCCCAAUAUUAUUAACCCUUCUGGCUCUCCGGACACGCCCACUUCCAUCCGUAUAUCCUGGGGCUUCCCCCAACAGGAUUGCUACGAGUUCGUCUCCCACCAAGUCUCCUGCUACAUAGACGAGCAGCUAGCCUCGUCCAGUGCUGUGCUACCAGGAGGGACAACCAACCACGGUGUAGUGGAUGGACUGGCAGUUGACACUCUCUAUAACUGUAGUGUGUCCAGUAAUGUGACGGUUGGGGGCGUGGCACAGUCCGUGAGGUCAACCACGGUCCUCACGUUCACUUAUCCCAACGCUCCUCCCACCCCCGCACCUCCUCUGGUGAACGAGAGCUCUGCCGACACCAUCACGGUGAACUUUAACCUCCCAACCAAUCACGAGAACAUCAGCCAUUACCAAGUGAUGAUCAUUCGUCUCUCCUCUCGUUCCUCCCUCCCCUCCCAAUCACCCGACAUCCUCUACCCUCGUGGCUACCCCUUCACUAAUCACACAAACGCCCACACAACUGUAGACAAUCAAAUGCCGUACAUUGCAGCAGAGAUUGCUGGGGACUUGUUCUCUUCUGUGUUCAUCCUCGGAGGGGGAGAGGUAACCAUGGGAACGGGGGGCAGUUACGAUAACGGCAAGUUAACCCCCGGCUCUCUCUAUUCUUGUUUCUUACGCGCUUUCCCAAAGACGUUCUAUGAUCGGCCAUUUAAAAGACGCAAAAGAGCUGACGAUGCACUGUCAAAGAGACAAUACGAUAUCUUCUCCUCCAGUGACUUCCUCCCUGUACAGGAAACAGAAUCGCCCCCUGGUAACUUGUUGUCAGUGGUGAUUGGAGUGUGCGUGGUUAUGCUGAUUGUGUUGGCAGUGCUGGUUGUGUUAUUGGUUGUGGGUAUCUGCUGUCUGAGGAUGAGGAGACAGAAGAGGCGGUUCAGACUAGGGCACAAGGCAGAGGUUGAUCUGAGCCGCUCUAGCAGUAUUGACGGGAGCCCUGCAUUCAUCCCUACCCCAGACUUGGGCCGUAAGACCAACGGCAUUGAGCUGAAGCAGAUCAAUAUGAUCAAUCCACUCUCAAAUGGCUCCAUGUUUGAGCCAAGUGGACCAAUAACAGAGGAAGACUUUGCAACACACGUAGAGAAGUUUGAUGCCAACAGACAGCUGCUCUUCCAGGAAGAGUUUGAGUGGAUCCAGACCAACUCACCAUGGCAUCCAGCCGAUGCGUCCAAUCAUCCGCUCAACGAUGAGAAGAACAGAUACCACAACAUCACAGCAUUUGACCACACCCGUGUGAAGCUGACACCAGAGGACGGAGUGGAAUGCUCUGAUUACAUUAACGCUAACUACGUACUUGGCUACAGUGGGGGGAAGGAGUACAUAGCAACACAGGGACCACUGGAGCAGACAGUGGUUGAGUUCUGGAACAUGGUGUGGGAGCAGAACACAGCCACCAUUGUCAUGCUCACCAACCUAGUAGAGCUGGGCAAGGUGAAGUGUACUCAGUAUUGGCCGAUGAAUGGGACGGUGAUCUAUGGUGGUGUCAAGGUCACCCUGGAGAGUGUGGUGGACCUGCCCAACUAUACUAUACGCAAAUUGAACGUCACCUCUAUGCUGUCCAACGACUCUCGGAUGGUCCUCCAGUUCCAGUUCACCCGCUGGCCUGACUACGGUGUUCCCAAACUAGCUGCUCCUCUCCUCAACUUUCUGAGGGCAGUCAACACCUCUAACCCUCCAGGGGCAGGUCCCGUCAUCACCCACUGCAGUGCUGGUGUGGGUCGCUCGGGCACAGUGAUAGCAAUAGACUACUGUCUCAAACAGCUUAAGAAAGAUCAAUACAUAGACCCAUGUGGCUUCAUCCAGAAGAUGCGUAACCAACGCAACUACAUGGUGCAAACCGAACAACAAUACACCUUCCUGCACUUUGCACUCUUGGAGGCCAUCACAUACGGGGACACGUCCUUUGACCUUUCGACCUUUAGCGACUCAUACCAAGGUCUCCAGGAGAUGAACCCUGCCUCUGGGCUGACUCUAUUGGAGGAGGAGUUUCGUAGAAUAGGUUGUGUCAAAACAAUGACCAAGAGAAGCUCCUUCCAACAGAAGAUCAAGAACAAGGGCGCUCCACAGCGUCACUUCAACUCAUCUUUCAUGGGCAGUGUGAGCAGCACAGCACCAUCUCUAGAGCCGUACAUUGCACACUAUAUGGAUACGUACUCUGAACCCCGGCGACUGGUGGUGGUGGACGGACCCACGGAGGACUCAGUGGCCAAGUGGUGGCAGAUGGUCUGGGACGAGGACGUCGCUUUUGUUGUCAACAUGACACCACAGGACGAAGAGGUGCUCCAGUACUGGCCUGAGGAGGUGGGUGACAUGGUGACCUAUGGGACCAUUGUAGUACAGGUGGUGGAGACAACAGCUGAACAUCUCUACACCUGCCGCGAGAUCAAGCUAGCCAACACCAAAGUGGAGGGAAUAUCUCACACGGUGGAGCAGUUCCACUUCAUUGGCUGGACUACACAGUAUGUGCCGAGGGUGCCAGACUUUGUGAGGUUUGUGUGUGUCAUUAUGGACGGGAUGGACUCUCUGGCCAAGAACCAACGAGUGCUACUCCACGAUAUUGACAGCCUGGGUCCGAGUGGAGUCAUGUGCUCCCUAUACUACUGUAUCCAGCGGCUGAGAACAGAGCGAAUGGUGGAUGUCUUCCAAGCUGUACAGCUGAUCAAGCUGCAAAGACCCGGUUCAGUCAAGUCUGUGCGAGAAUAUGCAUUCAUUUACGACUGUAUAUACGAAUUUAUUCGAACUCAUACCAGCUCAGACUCUCAGUAACUAUGGCGAUGAUGAUUGCUCAGUCUGUACUGCACUAGAUGUUAUUAAAUAAUGAUUUGUGCUUCUAAUUUUGCAUUAAUUAUUGUACUCUUGGUAUGUAUAAUUAAAAUAUGUUCUGUCUUUAUACA